AUGGCGAAUAACCGGGCCCACAUUUUCAGCACCUCCCUUACGGCGGAAAUUGGAAUCAAUGAGAAUACACCGCUGCUGGUCACAGGUCGCGAUGUCUCUGAGACGACGACGGCUUAUGAAUCAAGCGUCACCGCAGACACCAGUGGUGAUGAGACCCAAGUCGGAGACGCGGCCGAAGUCGACAAGCCGCUACCCCUGACACAGAUCAUCUUCCUCUGUGCGGCACGCCUCAUCGAGCCUAUAGCCUUCUUCUCCAUUUUCCCAUACGUCAAUAAAAUGUGUCGAGAAAAUGGAUCACUCGAAGAAGCUGAUGCGGGCUUCUACAGCGGUCUAAUUGAAUCUCUUUUUUCUCUCACCCAGAUGCUGGUUAUGGUCUUUUGGGGCAAGGCAGCUGACCGUCUGGGCCGAAAACCUGUACUGGUAUUCUCUAUGAUUGGUGUGACCGUGGCUACGUCGUUGUUUGGAAUGGCUACCACCAUCCGGGAGAUGAUUGUUUUCCGGUGCCUAGCAGGCGUGUUUGCCGGUACUAUUCUGAUCAUUCGUACCAUGAUCUCCGAACAUAGCACCGUCAAAACACAAGCACGCGCCUUCAGUCUAUUCGCGUUUGCUGGAAAUUUGGGGAUUCUAUUCGGACCUUUGAUUGGUGGUAUUUUAGCAGAACCGACUACCCAAUAUCCGAGUAUCUUCCGUGGUAUACUCUUCUUUGACAAAUACCCAUACGCACUACCUAGCUUUGCUGUCGGUGCCAUUGGUCUUAUCAUAACUUUAGUGUGCGCCAUCUAUAUUGAGGAGACACUACCUAGUAAAAUUGCAGAACGGCGCGGGGGUGAAGAGACAGGUAUUAGCCCCCCUGCACCUGCAAAAGCUACAAUGUCGACCUGGGAGCUUGUAAAAGCUCCUGGAGUCGCACUUGUCUUGUACACCUCCCAGCACAUUGCGCUGCUUGCCUUUGCCUAUACAGCUGUCGCUCCUGUAUUCUGGUAUACUUCAAUCGCAUUAGGAGGGUUGGGCCUUUCACCACUACAAAUUAGUUUGUUCAUGGGUUUGAACGGCCUAUCUCAGGCUGUAUGGCUCCUCCUCGUCUUCCCGCCACUACAGAGUCGGAUCGGUACCAACGGAGUAUUGCGUGUCUGCGCGAUCGCCUAUCCAGCAUUUCUUGCUAUCCCGCCCUUGCUGAACCUACUACUUCGUGGUGGUUUCACCCUCACCUUCUGGAUCAGUGCACCUAUCCUGAUGGCACUAGGGUGCGGAGUUGCCAUGUCCUUCACGGCUAUUCAACUUGCGCUUAAUGAUGUGGCGCCUACCCCACAGGUUUUAGGUACGCUCAACGGGCUGUGCCUUGCAUUGUCAAGCGGUGUACGAUCCUUUUCACCAGCGCUCUUUGCAAGUCUCUUCGCGGUUAAUGCACGCAAUCAGUGGCUAGAGGGGCAUGCAAUUUGGAUCCUGCUAGUAAUUAUUGCUUUUGGCCUCACGGCAGUCAGCCGGCGGAUGCCGGAUUAUGAUGAGUUGCGGAGGCGUAGAGAAAGAAAGGUUAAUGCUGAAGUUGACUAA